GACUCUUGGUUAUUAUUAGUGCAAUUGAAACCUUCCAAAGACUGUUUCCAUGGCAGGUUCAUCAUCAGAUCACGAUGCGACACCAUUGUCAUAUUUCAAGUAUGAUGUUUUCCUGAGUUUUAGAAGCUACACAAGGCUCAGAUUCACAGACGCACUCUAUCAUGCUUUGGUCAACAAAAGAAUCGAGACUUUCAGAGAUAGAGAGAAUCUGAGAACAGGCGAGGAACUCGAAGGUGCUCUUGUUGAAGCAAUUGAAAGAUCAAGGAUGUCAGUUCUUAUGUUGUGUGAUGAGUAUCCAACUUCCAAGUGGUGCCUUGAUGAACUCGUCAAGAUCAUGGAGUGUUCGGAGCACGGAACAAAGCGACCGGUGUUACCAGUUUAUUACUAUGUGGAAAAAUCAGAUGUGCAGUUCCAGCUCAAUGAAUAUGCAAAAGCCAUGACUAAUCAUCAAGAAAAAGGCAGAUACAAUCACAAGUUGGAAGCAUGGAGGUCAGCCUUGUCUCAAGUUGGCAAGAUUUAUGGUCCACUCUGUAAUCAGAAUACACCUUGGGGUGUGGUUAUUGACAACAUUGUUGAAGAGGUCUCAAGGAGACUUCCUUCUAUUCCUUUAUAUAUUGAUCGCCCACUUGGAUUAGAUUCUCAGCUUGAAGAGGCGAAAUCACUUCUAGAGGUUGAUUCUCAUGCUGCCUGUUUCAUGCUGGGAAUUCAUGGAGAUGGUGAACUAAGAAAAUUUGUUUUGGAGCUAUAUAAUGAGAUUAGAGGUCAUUUUAAAGCUGGAAGUUUUCUUUCUAAUGUUAGUGAAAAAACAAAAAGAGGUGGCUUAGAAGGUCUGCAAAAAACGCUUUUGUCUGAAAUGGGAGAGGAAGUGAAGACUGAGAUAGGAAGCAUAUCCAGAGGAUCCUCUGAAAUUAGACAAAGGCUUGGCAAAAAGAGAGUUCUUCUAGUUUUGGAUGAUGUUGAUAGCAUACAACCAUUGGAAUCAUUAGCAGGGGCAGGUGAUUGGUUUGGUCCUGGUAGUAGGAUCAUUACAACAACAAGAAAUGAAGGUGUGCUAGAUAAGCAUGCAUUAAAAAAAGGUGUUGAGAUUAAGAAAUUUUGCUUCGAUGAAGGUGAAUUCGAAGGCAUGGAAUCAGAUGACAAACAAAAGAGGUAUGUUGUGGAAGAAGAUGUAGUAGGUUUUGAGGAUGACAUUGCCAUUUUAAUUAAGAAGUUGCAGGGGGAUUCACACAAUAAUGUUGUCUCCAUCAUUGGUAUGGGUGGGUUGGGCAAGACUACUCUUGCUCGAAAGAUCUACAGCAGCAAAGAGGUCAAGAAAUUGUUCCCUUAUUGCGCAUGGAGUUAUGUUUCCAAAGACUACAACAAAAAGGAAGUUUUGUUGAGAAUUCUUGAUUUCUUGAUGAGUUCAACAUCUAAAUUUAAAGAUUCAAGUGAGGAGGUUUUGAAGAAUGAAGUGGGAAAGUGUUUGAAAUGGAGCAAAUACCUUGUGGUGCUUGAUGAUAUCUGGGAACCUGAAGCAUGGGACGAUUUGAGGGAUACCUUUCCAAAUGAUAAAAAUGGCAGCAAAAUACUAAUAACAAGUCGUAAUGAAAUGGUGGCAAACUAUACAAAUCCAAGUAAGCCUCCUCACUUUUUUUGGCUUACUUGACC